AUGAAUGGAUCCACAGUCUUCACCUUCGAUAUGUCACGCAAGUCCAACGUAAUCAAGUCAGACUGGUAUCAAACAGUCCGAGAUUCAGCUGGUGGCUUCGAGAGCACCUUCACAGCCAGGGAGAAAAACCGACAUGCGAUCAAACGUCGACUAUUGUCUCAUGCAUUCUCUGAAAAAGCGUUGAAGAAUUAUGAGCCGAGGAUCUGUAAUCUCAUCGAUUCAUGGAUAGAGUGUCUUGGUGCUGAGGCAGAAAAGGAUGAUGGAUGUGUUGAUCUGGGAGAGUGGUGCAAUUACUUGAUCUUUGAUAUCCUGGGGGACCUAGGAUAUGGGCAAUCUUUUGAACUCACAGCAAAAAAGGAGAAUCGUUCAAUUGUUGGACUUGUUCCUAAAGCCACAGCAGGCUGGACAUCUCUGGGCUACCACCCUUUCACCAAGAUUUUGCGAUGGAUUAUUUUCAAGACAAGACUAGGUUCCAUACUAGGAGGCCAAUCGUUCCACGACAACGCCCGAUUCCGAGACUUCUGCCUCCAGAAACUAGAAGCCCGACGCCAGGCCUGGACCCAAGAUACCUCCAACGAAAAGCGAAGCACAGACAUGUUCGAAUACCUCCUUAACGGUCGCGACCCAGAGACAGGCCAAAGCUACACAAUCGGUGACCUAGCCUGCGAAAGCGUCCUCCUGAUGGUAGCAGGUUCACAAUCAACAUCAGGCGCUCUAUCCGCAACAUUCUUCUAUCUAGCGCACCACCCAUCAGCCCUCUCAAAAUCACGACACGAAAUCCACAACACCUUCCCACACCCUAGCACAAUUCACUACACCCAUGGCAACCCACUCGUAACCCUCCCCUACCUACGCGCCUGCAUCGAUGAAAGCCUUCGCCUCUCACCCCCAACACCAGGCCACCUGCCGCGGGAGAUCGUGGGCGAGGGACUUGUUAUCGAUGGAUGUACGUUCCCGCCGGGCACAAAUGUCGGUGUGAGUCCGUACGCAAUUCACCGAACGGGAGUCUUCCGGGAUCCGUUUGCGUUUGUGCCGGAGCGUUGGCUGGAUGGAGAGCACACGCUAGGAACGGCUUUUCAUCCGUUUAGCGCGGGUGCAACGGGUUGUCCCGGCCGGCAGCUGGCGAUCAUGGAGCUUUCUUUGACUGUUGCGAGGUUACUUUGGAAGUUUGAUUUGUCAGUGGUAGGUGGCACGGGGACUGGGAUUGGUGACGUUGAGUAUCGGAUGAGGGACUUUUUUGUGGGUGAGGGUGUCGGGCCUAAGCUCCAGCUGGUUCUUUGUCCGCCGUAA